AUGUUGUCUGGGAAGAAGGCGGCGGCGGCCGCCGCUGCGGCGGCCGCGGCCGGGACGGAGGCCGGCCCCGGGGCGGCGGGCGGCGCGGAGAACGGCUCUGAGGUGGCCGCGCCGCGCGGCCUGGCGGGCCCCGCCGAGGCGGGGCCGGGGGCGGCCGGGGAGCGCACGCCGCGCAAGAAGGAGCCGCCGCGGGCCUCGCCUCCGGGGGGCCUGGCCGAGCCCCCGGCCGCCGGCGCGCAGGCCGGGCCUACCGUGCUGCCGGGAUCGGCGACCCCCAUGGAGACGGGAAUCGCGGAGACGCCGGAGGGGCGAAGGACCAGCCGGCGCAAGCGGGCGAAGGUAGAGUACAGAGAGAUGGAUGAAAGCUUGGCCAACCUCUCAGAAGAUGAAUAUUACUCAGAAGAAGAAAGAAAUGCUAAAGCCGAGAAGGAAAAGAAGCUUCCCCCACCACCCCCUCAAGCCCCACCUGAAGAAGAAAAUGAAAGUGAACCCGAAGAACCAUCUGGGCAAGCAGGAGGACUUCAAGACGACAGUUCUGGAGGGUAUGGAGACGGCCAAGCAUCAGGUGUAGAGGGUGCAGCUUUCCAGAGUAGACUUCCCCAUGACCGCAUGACUUCUCAAGAAGCAGCCUGUUUUCCAGAUAUCAUCAGCGGACCACAGCAGACUCAGAAGGUUUUUCUGUUCAUUAGAAACCGCACAUUGCAGUUAUGGUUAGAUAAUCCAAAGAUUCAGCUGACAUUUGAGGCUACUCUCCAACAACUGGAAGCACCUUACAACAGUGAUACUGUGCUUGUCCACCGAGUUCACAGUUAUUUAGAGCGUCAUGGUCUUAUCAACUUUGGCAUCUAUAAGAGGAUAAAACCCCUCCCAACCAAAAAGACAGGAAAAGUAAUUAUUAUAGGCUCUGGGGUCUCAGGCUUGGCAGCAGCUCGUCAGUUGCAAAGCUUUGGAAUGGAUGUCACACUUCUGGAAGCCAGGGAUCGUGUGGGUGGCCGAGUUGCUACAUUUCGAAAAGGGAACUAUGUAGCUGAUCUUGGAGCCAUGGUAGUAACAGGCCUUGGAGGGAAUCCCAUGGCAGUGGUCAGCAAACAAGUAAAUAUGGAACUGGCCAAGAUCAAGCAAAAAUGCCCACUUUAUGAAGCAAAUGGACAAGCUGUUCCUAAAGAGAAAGAUGAGAUGGUAGAGCAAGAGUUUAACCGGUUGCUAGAAGCUACAUCUUACCUUAGUCAUCAACUAGACUUCAAUGUCCUCAAUAAUAAGCCUGUGUCCCUUGGCCAGGCCUUGGAAGUUGUCAUUCAGUUACAAGAAAAGCAUGUAAAAGAUGAGCAGAUUGAACAUUGGAAGAAGAUAGUGAAAACUCAAGAGGAAUUGAAAGAACUUCUUAACAAGAUGGUAAAUUUGAAAGAGAAAAUUAAAGAGCUUCAUCAACAAUACAAAGAAGCAUCUGAAGUCAAGCCACCCAGAGAUAUCACUGCUGAGUUCUUAGUGAAAAGCAAACACCGGGAUCUCACGGCCCUGUGCAAGGAAUAUGAUGAAUUAGCUGAAACACAAGGAAAACUUGAAGAAAAACUGCAAGAAUUAGAAGCCAAUCCCCCAAGUGAUGUGUAUCUCUCUUCAAGAGACAGACAAAUACUUGAUUGGCAUUUUGCAAAUCUUGAAUUUGCUAAUGCCACACCUCUCUCUACUCUCUCCCUUAAACAUUGGGAUCAGGAUGACGACUUUGAGUUCACUGGCAGCCACCUGACAGUGCGGAACGGCUACUCCUGUGUGCCGGUGGCACUAGCCGAGGGCCUUGACAUCAAACUGAAUACUGCGGUUCGGCAGGUGCGCUACACAGCUUCAGGAUGCGAAGUGAUCGCUGUGAAUACUCGGUCCACAAGCCAAACCUUUAUUUACAAAUGCGAUGCAGUUCUCUGCACCCUACCCUUGGGUGUGUUGAAGCAGCAGCCGCCAGCUGUUCAGUUUGUGCCACCUCUUCCUGAGUGGAAAACAUCUGCAGUGCAAAGGAUGGGAUUUGGCAACCUUAACAAGGUGGUGUUGUGUUUUGACCGGGUGUUCUGGGAUCCAAGUGUCAAUUUGUUUGGGCAUGUUGGCAGUACAACUGCCAGCAGGGGUGAGCUCUUCCUCUUCUGGAACCUCUACAAAGCUCCAAUACUAUUGGCACUCGUGGCAGGAGAAGCUGCUGGAAUCAUGGAAAAUAUCAGUGACGAUGUGAUCGUGGGCCGAUGCCUGGCCAUUCUCAAAGGGAUUUUUGGUAGCAGUGCAGUGCCACAGCCCAAAGAAACUGUGGUGUCUCGCUGGCGUGCUGAUCCCUGGGCCCGGGGCUCCUAUUCUUAUGUAGCUGCAGGGUCAUCUGGAAACGACUACGAUUUAAUGGCUCAGCCCAUCACUCCUGGCCCCUCUAUUCCAGGUGCCCCCCAGCCAAUUCCACGACUCUUCUUUGCUGGAGAACAUACAAUCCGGAACUACCCAGCCACAGUUCACGGUGCUCUGCUGAGUGGGCUGCGAGAAGCAGGAAGGAUCGCAGACCAGUUCUUGGGAGCCAUGUAUACCCUGCCUCGCCAGGCCACACCAAGUGUCCCUGCGCAGCAGUCCCCAAGCAUGUGAGACCAAGGUCUAAGGGGAGAGGCCCGCGUGCGUCCUUUGCUGUGCAAGCAAAGCUCUUCUAGCAAUACUGGCCUCCACUGGGCCGCGCCGGCACCGGGGUCUCCACCAGCCGCGGGAGCUCAUCCUGGUGAAUGGCGGAGGACGGUGUCUGCUUUGAGUGACUUAGAGCUAGGGAGACACUAGCCCGUUAGCGUGGAAGUCUGUGCUCUUCGUGAAGACUGAGGCAAGUGAGCGCUGCGAGAGAACAUGUCUCUUGGUGUGUGGUGGUCUUUUUAUAUUUGAGAAUAAAACUUCAUAUAAAAUU